AUGAGUAGAACUGUAGAAGAGAAGACGCGCCCAAAGAAGGACAAAGUCAGAAAAGACGAGAAGCAGACAGAGACAAAGGAAAAGAAGAAGGAAAAAACACAUCCAAAGGCAAAGCCACUGUGCCCUUCUGAUGUAACGAAGAAAGUGUAUGAAUUAAUAGGACUAGCAAAAAAGAACGGCUCGCUAAAAAUAGGCGUAAAUGAGACCAUCAAGAAGCUGAACAAAGGCGACGCAGACUUGGUUCUGCUGGGAGGGAACGCCCUGCCAUUUGCCAUCGUUGAGCCUCUAGUUGUCCUGUGCGAGAACAAGAACAGAACAUUCCUGUUUCUGCCAAGCGUGUCUGCAAUGGGAAAGGCGUGCGGUCUGCCGCGGCCAGUGGCUGCAUGCACCGUCGUUUACUCCGAGGAUUCGUCCAUUAGAAAGUUGAUCAACGAAAUAAGAGAGCAGAUGAUAAAUAUCUAA